AUGAUUGACGUGGGUGGACAACGCUCAGAGCGCAGAAAAUGGAUUCAUUGCUUUGAAGAUGUCGAUUGUCUGAUUUUAGUAGCCGCUGGCUGUGAUCAAUGUCUGGUCGAAGACCACAAUGCGCAACCCGUCAUCAUAUUCUUUAACAAAUUUGAUUUGUUCAGGGACAAGCUCGCUGUUUCACCAAUAUCUGCCCAUCUUCCCGACAUCAACUGCUCAGAAACAGAUAGCAUUUCCGCUGCGCAUUAUUUUGUUCGCUGUCUCCAAGAACUCAACAAAACACGGGAUUGGCUGGUUUACGAACAUCACACAAAUGCUACUGACACUGGGCCGUUGAAGACAACGAUGAAUUCAGUACACGAUAUUGUUGUGAAGAAAAACCUCCGGUCCCAGGGCCUCCUUCUAUGA